AUGGCCUGCUACAACCGCUGCAGUCCCUGCAGACCCACCCCGCUGGCCAACAGCUGCAACGAGCCCUGUGCCCUGCAAUGCCAGGAUUCCCGCGUCAUCAUCGACCCUUCCCCUAACACCGCCGUCGGAUCCACCUCCUCCGCUGCUCUGGGCACUGAGCUCAAUGCCCAGGGACAGCCCAUCUCUGGUGGAUUUGGCUUUGGUGGCUUUGGCUAUGGCCUGGGAGGCCUGGGCUGCUAUGGCAGAAGGGGCGGCUACAUCUGCUAA